AUGAGAGUCAUGAGGAACGCUGUGUUUCUGAUGCUGGUGGUAGCUGUUCUCAACAUGGAGGGGUCUCUCGCGAGGCAUACCUUCAUCGUUCAGUCGGGAUGUGACCCUGCCUACCUCGCCAGACACGCCCACUACACCCUGUGUCUGGUGGACAUAGGGACGGAAGCCCCACUGUCCGCUGCGGACAAACAAGCCAUAGUGGACAGGCAUAACACCUACAGAAGUCACGUCUCACCAACUGCCACCAAUCUGGUCAAACUGGUCUGGGACGACGAGCUGGCGGUGUAUGCUGGGAAGUGGGCCCGUCAGUGUUAUGCAGGCCAUGACCACUACUCUGCAAGAUCAGUCCCAAGUAUGCCUGGGGUGGUGAUUGGUCAGAACAUAGCUGCCGGGUACAGGUCAGUGAUGGAGGGGGUGGACGGGUGGCAUUCGGAGGUGGACUUCUUCAAACACGGCGUCGGACCGACUGAACCCGGAAAGAUAGUUGGUCACUACACCCAGGUUGUAGGGUACAGAGCCAUCCGGGUCGGGUGUGGAGAAGCCAUCUGUCCCACCAAGUAUGGCCGUUACCAGGUUUGCAACUAUUACCAACAGAAUAUGGUGAACAGACAGAUGUCCUCUGACAUUAAAUCUCCAUUCGAGAAAGGUGCCUCCUGCAGUAAAUGUCCCGCGGGCAAGUGCUCCGAUAACCUUUGUGACUGUGGAGACAAACUAUGCCUGAAUGGCGGCUCUCUAGACACAAGCACGUGCUCGUGCAUGUGUACGGGAACCUGGACUGGAGACACGUGCAGUAAAGGCAGUCACAUUAUCCACUAG